AUGGGGAUUGUAUGGGUGGAGGUCUGUUUGAUAUCUGCUCAUGGACUUCAGCAUUCAACCUCACUUUGGAAGCGUCAAUGGUUUGCUGUUGUGUGGAUUGAUAUUAACAGCAAAUAUUGCACCAAAGUUGAUGAUUCUGGGAAUGCAAAUCCUGUUUGGAGAACCAAGUUUGCCAUUCCUGUUGAUGAAUCAGCGCCAAACAUCCAAGAUUUGGCUCUGAACGUUGAAGUUUACAGUAUAGACAGCAUAUUCUUCAGGGAAAAGCUUCAUGGCUCAGCAACGAUUCUUCUUAAUGAGUUUCUUGUCAAGCAGGUAAAGAAUUCUGAGGUGUCAAAUGCAAAACAAGAGGAGGUUGGGAGCUACCAAUUACGAAAGAAGAAAUCCAGCAAGCCAAGAGGUUUCAUUGAUAUUUUAAUUCGUAUUUAUGAGGAAAAGAAAGAGCCAAAUUUCCAUACAGGUUGUAAGGAAGAAAUAGUGCUCUUAGAUUGUGGUGAUAAUACCCAAUUCACCACCGAGGAAGGAUUAAGGCAAGCCUACACGCAGAAGCUGCCACAAGCUUCAAUCCAUCAGCCAGAAAAUCAUGUACAAACAAACGUCCCAGAUUCCCAUUCAGUGCCAUUCACUUCUACUAACUAUUCUGACCCAUAUGUGGGUGAACCAAGCUACCAUGCGGCAACCAGACCAAGCUAUCAACCACCUAGAACUAGAACUCCACCAUCACCACCACCACCCUCAAAUGUUGGCUAUAUUCCCACUUUUAUCCCAAGAAAUGAUGGCUUGCCACCAAGCUACACAUACAUGCGUAACAUGCCACCAUCCAGGGCAGUUUCUGCUCAGAGGGUAUCUCCCGGUGUCGCAAUGGGGAUAGGUGCUGGGGCAUUAGCAGCUGGUGCUGUUAUAUUUGGUGAUGACUUCAUGUCAGGAUUUGAUGUUCCUCCAGGCCUAGGAGAUGCUAAUCUUAACAUAGAAAUUGAUCCUCCUUUCUGAACAAGCAUCAAUCAACUUGAGUAAUUACAUUUGGCUGCACACAGCCUAUCAGCAAACCAGUUGUGGCCAUUGUAUAAGGGUUCCACAUUCUUAAGAUUAAUUGUGCUAAAGAAAAUGCUGAGUUUCAUUUAUAGGUCCGAAAG